GAGCAAGGCGAUUCUGAACUCACUAAGAAGCCUACUUGAUAUCUUCAACAGUUAGAUAACCAAUGAAGAAAAUUCGGAAAAGCUAAUGGAAAUUUUCGCAGAAUCCGAGUCUUCUUCGAAGUUCAACUUGGAAGCGACCAUGGCGGGACUCGGGGAUUUCCGUCGGAUUGUUUGUAAACAGGUUUCGUUGUUUUAACUUUUAACAUUAUUAUUUGUAUGGAGACUUUUCAGUUGAGUUCGAAAAUCACGAGCUCUUGUGUUAGAGUCGAGUGUUAUCUGCAUUUCUAAUGAGUUUUAUGUCGAAUAUUCGGGUAUCUAUUGGACUUACGCAGUUGGGACACUCUAUAUGAUGAUUUUCUUCUGGCUCUUGCUCGGAAGCUUAUCUCACACAGCACUCUCGCAGGAAUCCCCAUGCCCCGACGUCUUCCAUUACGAACCCCGAAACCAAGAACCCGGCAAAUGGUACGGAGUCAUACUAGCCAGAUCUCCGGACAACCUCUCUGGAAUCUGGAUCACCGUCAAACUGGAUUCUCGCGCCGAAUUACUCGGGAACUGGUUCGGGGAAACCUACUCGACCGACAACCAGGAAUUCAAGAUAGCCAACCAGGACUACACGCUGGAGGCCGGCCCGCCGGUCUCCAUUCGAUUCUUCGUCAAAUACGACCCGUCGAAGAGCGCCCCCCGCGUCCGGCUCAUCCGAUUGAACGGCAAGACCGUUUGCAGCGAGGACAUGCACGAGCUUCGCACCACCACGCCCAAAUUGCACAUCAGCAAACCGCAGCUGAGCAGGCAACCCUCGCUCGGGUCAGGUUUGAGUUACGAACCCAACGGUAAUUCGAGUUUCAACGACGAACUGACGACCAUACGUAGACCGAGCCACGGUUCUAGUAGCUCGCAUGGUAAACCUAGUACUAGUACUUCAUCUAAUAAUAAUUACAAUAUAGUAGACAGCGGAAUUGGGCCGCUAUUUGGUGUUGAUACCAAUAACAGUAACAACAGGUCCAGGCCUGUCGGUGACGAUAGGAGAGGAUCGAACAACAACAAUCGACCUAAUGAUUAUGAUAGACAAAACUCGAACAGGAUCGGAGAGGAAGAUUUUAACAGCAAUUACCGACCGACGGAAAACUACAACAGGCCUUCCAGCUCGAGCAAUGGCGUACACAGUUCAAUCGACGCAAACUCGCGACGACCUACGCAAAGCAACAACAGAUUCAGCGGUACUCGCGAGGACUCGACGUCCAGAAACGCGAAUUCGGACGAAGACUUCUUCCAAGGGGACUUCCAUUCGAACAACAGGCCUCCGAGACCUGCCGGUCCGGAUACGAGUAGACCUGUAGAAUGCGGUACCGUUGUAUCCCAACCGAGACCUCUGAUCACUAACGGACAAGACACUGUACCAGGCGAAUGGCCUUGGCACGUGGCCAUCUACCACACUAAAGGCAUCCAACUGGUGUACAUUUGCGGGGCCAGUUUGAUUUCCGAGAAAUUCGUGUUGACGGCAGCUCAUUGCGUUUCGAAGCCACGCAGCAAUCAUCAAGUCGACGCGAGCAGUAUUCUAUUGUACUUUGGCAAGUACAACUUGAAGACGUUCGGUCCAGAAGUGCAGGACAGGGACGUAUCGGAGAUUUUCAUCCACCCGCAAUUCAACUACAGCUUGUAUUUCAACGAUCUGGCGCUGCUGAAGCUGUCGAGGCCCGUGGAGAUAACCGACUACGUGCGGCCCUGUUGCCUGUGGGGCGAGGACACCAGCUUGGAGAGCGUCACCGACAAGGAGGGUACGGUGAUAGGCUGGGGUUUCGAUCAGCACAAGCGAAUAUCGGAGAAGCUGAUGCAAGCCAAAAUGCCGGUGGUGUCGACCAUCAAAUGCAUCUACUCGAAGAGGGACUUCUUCGCCAGGUUUACGUUCGAUAAGAACUUCUGCGCUGGGUUCCUCAACGGUACGUCCGUGUGUAACGGGGACUCGGGGGGCUCCAUGGUGUUUAAGAAAAGAGGCUCGAGUGCACAGAGCCCCGUUUGGCAGAUCAGAGGCAUCGUUUCGGUGGGAGUUGCGUUGCAAAGCGAAGGAGUUUGCGAUACUUCGCAGUACGUCAUUUUCACCGACGUUGCCAAGCAUUUGGACUGGAUAAAACGAAUUAUAAGGAACUGAGGGAAUUUAUUUUUUGACUGGUAUGGAAUCUUUACGUCGAUACGGCGAUGGACGUGGCGUC